UCCCGGUUUCCCGGUCGCCAUGACGACCGGGCGGCCCGCAACGGCGGCGGGGGCUAGUCGUUGAGGCCGCGACCCGAGCCAGGCCCCAGCGGACCUCGCCCGACUGGGCUGGGCCUGCGCCAGCCAGAGACCCAGCUCCAUUUGAACAGGGACUAUGAGAAAAUGGUCGGGCAAACGAGGAGUAAGCUCAAAGAAGCGGCUUCAGAGCCGGUGCAGUCCUCGCGCUCCGUGCAGUCCCGGCGGCGGCGCCGGGCCACCGGAGCCGGGGAGCCGGAGAUGGAGGAGCCGCAGGCGGAGACGGAAAAGCGGCAGCCGCCUUUCCCCGUAGGCGGGGGGAACCUGCCGGGGGGCUCCCGGGAUUACUCGCCGCGGAGGACCCGAAACCUGAACGCGCAGAAUUGCAUGCAAAUGGAAGUGGUCGCCAAGACCCUUCUUCUUGGUCGCUUCCAGUUCCUCAGCUGUUUGCUGGAGCAGCUCCGGGAUAAGGUGCUGCAGUUUCGGAGACGACAGGUCAACAGCAGGACCUCCUUCGGCAUAGCUGCCUUUGUGGGAGUUUUGCACUGGAUGCAUUUAGUAACACUUUUUGAAAAUGAUCGUCAUUUUUCUCACCUCUCAUCUUUAGAACGGGAGAUGACUUUUCGAACUGAAAUGGGACUUUAUUAUUCCUACUUCAAGACCAUUAUUGAAGCACCUUCAUUUUUGGAAGGACUGUGGAUGAUUAUGAAUGAUAGGCUCACUGAAUAUCCCCUUGUAAUUAAUACAGUGAAACGCUUCCAUCUUUAUCCAGAGGUGAUUAUAGCCUUCUGGUAUCGUAUAUUUGUGGGAAUAAUGAGUUUAUUUGGGCUAGAAGCUAAGACCUGCUGGAAUGUCACCAGAGUAGAACCUUUAAAUGAAGUUCAAAGUUGUGAAGGAUUGGGAGACCCUGCUUGCUUUUAUGUUGCUGUGAUUUUUAUUUUAAAUGGAGCAAUGAUGGGAUUGUUCUUCAUAUAUGGUGCAUACCUGAGUGGGACUCAACUUGGAGGUCUAAUUACAGUAUUAUGCUACUUUUUCAACCAUGGAGAGGCUACCCGUGUAAUGUGGACACCACCUCUCCGGGAAAGUUUCUCAUAUCCAUUUCUUGUACUUCAGAUGUGCAUUUUAACUUUGAUUCUCAGGACCUCGAACAAUAGUAGAAGGCAUUUUAUUGCACUCUGUCUUUCCAAUGUUGCUUUUAUGCUUCCCUGGCAGUUUGCUCAGUUUAUACUUUUUACUCAGAUAGCUUCAUUAUUUCCCAUGUAUGUUGUGGGGUACAUUGAGCCAAACAAAUUUCAGAAGAUCAUUUAUAUGAACAUGAUUUCAGUUCUCCUUUGUUUUGUGUUGAUGUUUGGAAAUCCAAUGUGUUUAUCUUCUUAUUAUUCAUCAUCUUUGUUAAUGACAUGGGUGAUAAUUCUAAAGAGAAAUCAAAUUCAAAGAUUGGGAGUGUCUGAACUCAACUUUUGGCUGAUUCAAGGCUUUGCCUGGUUGUGUGGAACAAUUAUUUUGAAAUUUCUGACAUCUAAAAUGUUAGGUGUUUCAGAUCAUAUUCGCUUGAGUGACCUUAUAGCAGCCAGAAUCUUAAGGUAUACAGAUUUUGAUACCUUAAUUUACACCUGUGCUCCUGAAUUUGACUUCAUGGAAAAAGCGACUCCAUUGAGAUACACAAAGACAUUAUUGCUUCCAGUUGUUAUGUUGAUUACUUAUUUUAUCUUUAAAAAGGCUACUCGUGAUAUUUUAUGUGUCUUAUCUGCAAACACCUAUCAAAGAAAACAGCUCCUUGAACAUGGUGAGCUGAUUUUUCACACAUUGCAACUGUUAGCGUUCACUGUCCUUGCCAUUUUAAUUAUGAGGCUGAAGUUGUUUCUAACACCUCACAUGUGUGUUGUAGCUUCCUUGGUGUGCUCUCGACGGCUCUUCGGCUGGGUUUUUUGCAGAGUUCGCUUUGAGAAUGUUAUCUUUGGCAUUCUAGUAGUGAUGUCAAUACAGGGUUGUGCAAACCUCCAUAAUCAAUGGAGCAUAAUAGGAGAAUUUAAUAAUUUGCCUCAGGAAGAACUGAUACAAUGGAUCAAAUACAAUACUAGACCAGAUGCCGUUUUUGCCGGUGCCAUGCCUACAAUGGCCAGUGUCAAGCUGUCUACCCUUCACCCCAUUGUGAAUCAUCCGCAUUAUGAGGAUGCAGACUUGAGGGCCCGGACAAAAAUAGUUUAUUCCACAUAUAGUCGAAAAUCUGCAAAAGAAGUGAGAGAUAAAUUGUUGGCGUUACAUGUGAAUUAUUACGUCUUGGAAGAGGCAUGGUGUGUUGUGAGAACUAAGCCUGGGUGCAGUAUGCUGGAAAUUUGGGAUGUGGAAGACCCUUCCAAUACAGCUAAUCCUCCCUUAUGUAGCGUCUUGCUCACGGACCCAAGGCCCUACUUCACCACAGUAUUUCAAAAUAGUAUGUACAGAGUAUUAAAGGUUAACUGACAACGAGACUACCUAUCACACUGUGAUGCAAAGAGGUGUAUAGAAAACCAUCACUUUGGCUUAUUUACAUUAAAAGAAAAUCACAAGCUUUAAUAAGGGAUCCUUAAAAAGAAGAUGAUAAAAAUAUUUUAUUCUGAUUACUAAAAGGUAAAUUGUUUCAUUGUUUUCCAUUGAAUGUCAGCCUUAUUAAGCUUGUUAUUUAAAUGACGAAAUCAUCUCAUUCUGCAGAAACAAAUGUCCAUCUUAAAGUUUUAAAGAAAAAUACAUGUAAAAGAACAAUGAGAUUUAAUAAAUCAAGGGGAGAUGUAA